UUGACUUGACUUGGAGCAGUAUACAACAGCUGUCCCGGGCUGCAUUAGGACGAAUGCAUCCUGUUCUAUCCCAACAAAAAGCCUUGGAUGACCAAAGAAGUGCAGUGCCUGCUGAGGGAGAGGAAUUCUGCAUUUAGGACUGGUGUUAGGGUGUUGUACUGUGCUGCCAGAGGCAACCUGAACCCUCUAUGCACAUGACUGAACCCCUGUUCACACCAGCAACAGCAUAAUUAAUUUGCUAAUGACACCACUGUGGCGGGGCUCAUCUCUGGGGGGUACGAGUCCACUUACCGGGAUGAGCUGGAGCAGCUAUCGGUUUCUGUGGAUCAGAAAACAACCUGAUCCUGAACACCACCAAGACAAAGGAGCUAAUCAUAGACUUUAGAAGGAACAAAACAAAAAUUCAGACUCUGUUUAUCAGUGGGGAGAGGACUUCCGGUUACUGGACAUCAACAUAGAGGAAAAUCUGACCUGGAGUGUCAACACCACUACUACCAAUCAAGACACGGCAGAGAUUGCACUUUCUGAAAAUACUCAGGAAUUACCAUCUCACAAAAAACUGUUGGUGUCUUUUCACUGUUGUUCUAUAGAGAGCAUUUUGACAUACUGCAUCUGUGUGUGGUUAUAGUAGGUCAUCACUACUGCCCAGAAGGUUUUCAGUUGUCCCCUCCCCUCUUUGGAAGAUCUACAGAAAAUUCUUAGCCACUGAAAAUGGUCCAAUCAAUGACACUGCUUUAAAUAUGCCAAUAAGAAUGUUAACACAGUGCAAAAUAUCAACAUAUGAGUGCUCAAAACUAACUGUUAACCCUGGGUAAAUUAUGAGCAGUGAAGCAAGAUAACCCAGAAUUCUGUUUACACAGGGUUUAGAACUAUUUUAACCCUUAAGAAAUCAAGGGUCUAUCAACUAUCAAUCAACUAGAAACAGGUGAACAUAAUCAGUAACCAAGGAAACUGGUAUAAACAUAUGAAAAUUAAUUAAUGAAACAUGAACACAGUGAAGCAGAAUACAAAAAGACUGUGGGGCAAAGUAGGAGAAAUUCUUACAAAAAAUAGAAACAACAGCGUGACUAAUAUUCUGAUUUCUCUGUGGUUCAGGCGUCUUCUUUUACAUCAUGAAGUUUAUUGGAUUUUAUAAUCCAUCUAGGGAAAACUAUUAGUCUGAUAACUGAAAAGUAUCAACCCUCAACAAGCCAUACAAUUUAAACAUGACUAAUAAAUUCACAUUAAGAACAUUUGCAUUUUCAAUUCACUUAGCCUUAAAACUCUCAUUAAUACUUGAUCAGCGCCCCUCCUUUGUUUCCACUUCAACCUCUGAUAAGGUAUACAGAAACACCUGUCUGAAACACAUUCAUGUUACACAAAGGGAAAACAUUCAUGGGUAAUGAAAGAACUGUAAAUUUGGACACAAUCUGGUUUUCUGCCCCGCAGUACAAGUAGUAAUUAGGAUGAAGCAGUUUCAAGCAUGUCUUGCUUCUGUGUAACUCUUAUUCUAUGAGGGUCUGUCUGAGACUGACAUCUAGUGGACUUUUAGUUAUGUGACUUUACAGACUUGCAGGCAAACCAGUUUUACACGUCACUGAAACACAGGACCAGGAAACAGGAAAUUAGUUUAAGGAAGGAAUCUUAAGUGUAGUUGAGCUGUUGUGUGUUUGUCUGUCUCACUCUGUAUAUAGCCAAUUCAGUAACAUGGCAGAAGCCAGAAUUUCAGUGGAUCAAAAUGAGUUUAUCUGUCCAGUGUGUUUGGAACUCCUGAAAGAUCCAGUUGCCAUUCCCUGUGGACACAGUUACUGUAAGAGCUGUAUUACAGACUGCUGGGAUCAGGAGGACCAGAUUAGAGUCUACAGCUGUCCUCAGUGCAGACAGACCUUCAGUCCAAGACCUGCUUUAGGUAAAAACACCAUCCUGGCUGAAGUGGUGGAGAGACUGAAGAAACUUCCUGCUGACUGUUAUGCUGGAGCUGGAGAUGUGCAGUGUGACGUCUGUUCUGGAAGAAAAUACAAAGCCGUCAAGUCCUGUCUGGUGUGUCUGAACUCUUAUUGUCAAACUCAUCUUGAACAACAUGAGAGUUUCUUUAAAGAAAAGAAACACAAUUUGACUGAAGCCACUGGACGACUGCAGGAGAUGAUCUGCUGUGAACAUGAUAAACAGCUGGACAUGUACUGUAUCACUGACCAACAAUGCAUUUGUGUACUGUGCACAAAAUAUGAGCAUAAAAACCACAACAUUGAAUCAGCUGCAGCGCAGAGGACAGAGCAACAGAAACAGUUAAAGGACAUGCAGAGAACCUUCCAUCAGAGAAUCCAGCAGAGAAAAAAAGAUCUUAAGCAGCUGAGAGAGGAUGUGGAGUCUCAUAAGCGCUCUACAAAGACAGCGGUGGAGGACAGUGAGAGGAUCUUCACUGAGCUGAUACUCUCCAUUGAGAAAAUCCGCUCUGAAGUCACACAGCAGAUCAGAGAUCAGGAAAAGGCUGCAGUGAGUCGAGCUGAAGGACUAUUGGAGCAACUGGAGCAGGAGAUUGCUGAUCUUAAGAGGAGAGACACUGAGCUGGAACAGCUUUCACAGACACAGAAUCACAUUCAUUUCCUGCAGAGUGUCAAGUCUCUCUCGGCACCUCUUGAAUCUACAGACGUACCUAUAAUUCCCUUCAGUUCUCUCUUUUCCUUUGAUGGCGUGAGAAAAUCCAUCUGUCAUCUGAGGGACAAACUGGAGGAUGUCCUCAAGGAGGAGCUCAAAAAGAUCUCUGAAAGAGUCACAUCCACCAACAUGAUUCCCUGGACCAGGAAUGACUUGCUUCAGUAUUCCUACCAGCUCACUUUGGAUACAAACACAGUAAAUGAAUUUCUCUGUCUGUUUGAGAAUAAUAAAGUAAUUACAGUUACUGAUAAAGAGCAGCCGUAUCCUGAUCAUCCAGACAGAUUUGAUGUGUGUCAGGUGUUGUGUAGAGAGAGUGUGUGUGGACGCUGUUACUGGGAGCUUGAGUGGAGUGGGAUGUGUGUGUCUCUAUCAGUCUCAUAUAAGAGCAUCAGCAGGAAGGGAGACGGUACUGAGUGUGUGUUUGGAGGUAAUGAUCAGUCUUGGAGUUUGUUCUGCUCUCCCUCCAGAUGCUCGGUCUGCCACAAUAACAUAAAGACUGAUCUCCCUGUAGUGUCCAGCCAAAGAAUAGGAGUGUAUGUGGAUCACAGUGCAGGAACUCUGUCCUUCUACAGCAUUUCUGACACAAUGAGCCUCAUCCACACAGUCCAGACCACAUUCACCCAGCCGCUCUAUCCGGGGUUGUGGGUUUAUUAUGGAUCAUCAGUGAAACUUUGUGAUAUAUCAGAAUAGAUUCCAUGAUGCUUUGAGCUGCAUGAUAAAACAGUAGAUGUUAUAGUCACUUAUUUUCUACAUUAACACUACAGCUGAGUUUUUGUUACAUGUCAGAUAGCCUAAAUGUGUGUAAUAAAUUCUCAUACAGAACUGUGUGUGAGUCUGAGUCAUGUUGCGUUUGCAUGUGUGUCUGUGCUUUUCACAAGUUCCCUGCGUGUUGACGGAAAUCACAUUCAUUUUUUAUUGUUUUAUUUUAUCACAUAAAUCUUUUUCAUUAUUAUUAUUAUUAUUAAAAAUAAUAUAAUUUCAUUUGAAA